GGAAAUAAAUCUUUAUAAUAAUGAUAUUCAUAUUGAUUCUAAACUUUUAAAAACUGAUGAAAGUCCUCAAGACACGUCCCGUGUCGGGACUAACCAUUUGGAAGCAAAACCUGAGCUCACGCCUGUAGAUCAUAGGGAUCCUCACUUUAUCAAAAACCACGAGGCUUCGAAAAAGACUGAUUCGCCAAUCAAAGCUGAGAGUUUUACAAAGGCACUUCCACCACCCGGCGAUUGCGCCUUUUUACUAAAAGGCGCGAAAUAUACGAAACUUGAAGUGUUGGGAAAAGGAGGUUCAAGUACUGUUUAUAAAGUGCUUGGUGAAGACAAAGUCGUUUAUGCUUUAAAACAUGUAAAUUUACAAAAUGUUGACUGUAUAACGCUGAAGGGCUACGCCUCCGAAAUAGAAGUUCUUAAUAAACUUCGUGAGCACGAACAGAUUAUUCGUAUAUACAAUUCAGAAAUAACAGCGCGCUACAUAUACGUUUUGAUGGAGUGUGGCGACAUCGACUUGGCACAACUACUCAAACGGCAAAGUUUGCACGCUUUAAGCGAAAAUCAUAUUAGACUUUACUGGCAGCAAAUGCUUGAGGCUGUACAAGUGAUUCAUAAUCAUCGUAUUGUCCACGGCGACCUUAAACCUGCCAACUUCCUAUUUGUGGAGGGCCGACUCAAGCUCAUCGAUUUUGGCAUUGCAAAAACCAUUCGUGAGGAUCAUACAAGCGCCUAUCGAGACUCGCAGGCCAUUGUGGGCACCCUGAAUUAUAUGUCUCCUGAGGCCAUUCAAGGGACUGAAAUUCACAGCCUGAAUCCCAACGAACCGAGCAAGACUUGCGUAAAACUCGGCCCUUCCAGCGAUAUUUGGUCUCUCGGUUGUAUUUUAUAUGCGAUGGUCUAUGGAAAGACGCCUUUCCAGCAUAUAACGAUGCCUAUAAAAAAAAUGCAAGCGAUUAUUGAUGAUCAAUAUGAAAUAAAAUUUCCCGAUAUUUAUAAUGAAUUUUUAUUGGAUGUUCUUCAUAACUGUUUAAAGCGGAAACCAACAGAACGUUUAACUAUAAGACAACUUUUACAGCAUCCUUUCUUGCACCCUUCCGCUUCUCAAAAAAAUAUUUUUCUGCGCACACCCAAAAAUGAUAAGCAACUAAAAGAUGUUGUAAAAAGGUAUCUUCUCAGUCAAUCACACACUCCUCGCACUGCAGAGAAAAUUUCUCAAGACCUUAUCAAAAAACUUCACGAGCCUUCAAUAUAAUUCUCAUUAAUAAGAAAACUUACAA